AAAAUUCUCCCCAUCUCAUGGCAUCGCAACCUAUCAUGCAGCCAGGGCGUCCAGACGACAGGAUGUUUUCCACUCCCACCCGAGACCGACGUUAGACACACGCGACACUCCACACAGGGUGCCACACACUCGCUGUACAACCCAACCGUGUCAGCAUCUGCCAGGAUGUCAACCGUCUUCGGGACCCAACACGAAGCCCUUUUCCCGGGUCCAAGCCCUGUCCAUCCACUCUCCCAUUUCUCAUCAACACACAGCUCCAAGACAGGGCAAAUAUGUCGUUUGUUUUUCGGUACGGUUGAUGGUUACCCACGACUUUACAAUUUGAAUCCGAAGUCGGGAGUCUGCUAGGUCAUAUUAUUGAUUGCAUGCGUAUCGUCCUAAGGACGCACAGACGCAGUGGCGACAAUGGCAGACCACGAUCCGACAGCUGCUGUGAAAGAAUCUCACUCACGCUCCCCGGCCGAAGGCAGCGAUCACUCCUCCCCCAACGAUCCCAGCAACGCGGCCAUGGCGGAAUUCCAUCUCAACAUCGAGGUCGGCUCCGACCAGGAUUCGACAUUUGGUGGCAGCGAUGAGGGUGGCAGCACAACCACCACGUCCCUGGCGUCCAGCGUCUUUGAUUAUGUCUACGAGAAUGGCAGACGAUACCACAAGUACCGCGAGGGCUCAUACGCACUACCCAACGACGACCAGGAACAGGAACGGCUCGACAUGUUACACCAUAUCUUUGGACUCGUGAUCGGUGGCGCCCUCCACAAGUCGCCGAUAUCCAGCCCACAUAAUGUGCUCGACAUUGGCACCGGUACUGGCAUCUGGGCUCUCGAUUUCGCGGACGAAUACCCCGAAGCCCAGGUUCUGGGUAACGACUUAUCGCCGAUCCAACCUAGUUGGACCGCACCCAACUGCCGCUUUGUCGUCGACGACGUUGAAAGCCCCUGGGCCUACCCCGCCUCGAAACGGUUUGACCUGAUCCACCAACGCAACAUGGUCGGCAGCAUCGCCAACUGGCCACGAUUAUUCCAGCAGGCAUUCGACCACCUCGCUCCUGGCGGGUGGUACGAGGCACAGGAAUUUGACGUCUGGUUUCACGCCCAGGCCGAGCCGCUGAGCGAGGAAUCUCACAUCAUGAAAUGGCAGACCCUGCUGGACCAGGCAAGCUCUCAAUUUGGCAAGCGUCUCAAUUGCUUCGACGAGGUCUUGACCGCAUUUGGAGGCGUUAGCUUUGAAAAUGUCACACAUGAAAUAUUUAAAGUCCCAAUUGGAAGAUGGCCCAAGGACCGCAAACUCCGGGAGACGGGCAUGUACCUUCAAGCACAGAUGCUUGACUCGGUUGAACCUGUGUCCAUGGCAUAUUUCACCCGUGUUCUGGGCUGGACUCGUGAAGAAACCCUGGUCUUUAUUGCCAAAGUCCGAAAGGAGUUCCAGAAUGAUCGCUCUUGUCUCUAUGUCUACUGUCAUUUUCUACGAGGACAAAAGCCUGCUGCUGAAUGAGAGGGUGUCGUGCUGCGUACUUGAUACAGUUCGCACGAACAAGAGAACCAGGCCAAAUCAUGCUCGAGGGUCUUGAGGUAUGAAAACACCUCCAAGCCUGCAAUGUCAGGCCAUAUGCUGGUCAAGGGUCUUGAGACCCAGAUGGCGACUUUCCCAGAGUCAUAAAACACUCAGAAGUAUACCUGGUUGUCCUGGGAAGUGUUUCCGAUCAACGCUCACUGUCUACGACCAAGCACUUGCAGCCAGGCCGCUGGAAGAAGGACGAGUCGCUGUCACUGAGAGGUCAAGGAUCCAAGGAUAGCCAACUGAGGACCUUCAGAACUGCUGUAGAAGGCUAGUUCAGAAGAGCAGUAACCACCACGACGCGUAGUCACCCUCGAGAAAUGGGUAAGUCGCGGUUGAGGAGAAGAACCAAUGGAAGACAUGACAAUUUCCACCGGGCAACUACGUGACCACAAAUCAUGCAAGCUCUUGCUUUGAUCUAUACUUUUGCCAGAGCAGAGCUUGUGUCUAGCAAUAAUACAUACUAUGUUGUCCUCAUCCAUCUUUA